GCUGACGGGCAGCUAAUCUGCAAUUUUCCCGAUUUUUCGAAUCUCCGUCGUUUCCUUUGCAUUGAUCCCAGGGACUCCUCCUUGACACUGUCGACUGACGUUGGCCGCCUUCACUCGCUUUGGUGGUUCUCUUCGUCCGAUCUUUGCGCGAUCAGUGUCGUCUCUCGUUUCGGUCCCAUCUUCAUCUAAUAAUAUUAUCCUACUACCACUACGACUACUACCUAAGCAGACGGUACCAAGAGAAGCGAUUGAAGGACUUGGAGGAGGAUAUCGACUAUCGAAACAUCCACUACUCGUCAGGACAAUAACCACACGCGACGCCUCAGUCGCAAUUGCUCGGCGAUCAUCGCUUUCUAUACACACACUUUGACCACCACCACUCGUUCGAAUCGCUGUCCUUGUCGGUGAGGAAAGGCGUGGGCCAAGUCUACGCUCUUGUUCCCCCCAAGGGGCUCCCGGAAUCCAUCUGACACUUCGCCGUCAUCCCAACAACACACCAUGGCGAGCCGCAUGUCAAUGUAUUCCAUGGCCUCGGACGCCGGUAUGGGCGGACGAGGUCCUGGUCAACAGCCAUCCCAGCUCUCUACCACGACUCUUCUCAACUCCGUACACAACAUCUACCUCUCUUCACAACCAUACCGUCUGGACGCCGGCACAAGUCUUGUCGUCAACACAUGGCUUACGGCCUCCCAAGCUGGCCCUGAUGGUCACGUUGGUGGAACCGUUGAUGGCGCUCUGGCUCUGAGGGCAUGGGAGCAUGCUCGUCGCCGUGCUGAGGAUGGGUGUAUCAUUCUUGGAUCGCUGCACAACUCGACUCCUUCGCUCUUGCGACCCUUCCUGUCCACUAUUCCCCUCGAGAUCCCUGCCUCGGUUUACAAAGCACUCGACGCUAUCGAACCCUUCCUUCGCUGUGUAACCCCUUACAACCCCUCCACUCCGAGACAGACCGGCUUGGCCGUCACCUUGACACUCAACCUUACAGGCAACCUUACUGCCGCCUCGCUUUCGCUUACACAAGGUGGUAUCGACACCGACAAGGGCUUAUUGGGUGUCCCCUCUGAGGCUGGAUACAGGGCCUUUGAUGUCUUUUACUACCUGCUCACCACGGCCUCUACCCCUGCCGAAAGAGAGUUCCUUGGGCUCAAGGCCGCGUCUCAAUACAGCCUUCUCGCCAGGUCCGGCACUUACGAUCCUCCAUCCUAUCUUCCUACCGCCGAUGAUGGUGCCGCUGCCGACGAUUUCAGGUCUGCCCUCAAGGACAUCGGUAUCAAGGGCUCUUCCCACCGCAACUUCAUCUCCAUCUUGGCCGGCCUCCUCAAGCUCGGCAACACACUCGAUUACAAUGUUGACCAAGAAGUUUUGGAGGAAAUCUGCGAGGAUGUUGGUGGACUCCUUGGUAUCGAACCCGAAAUCCUUGCCAGGCAACUCAGCACUGAUGACCGGGCGACCUUGAUCGGAGGACUCUAUGAGGCUUUGGUCGAUUGGGUUAUCAAGAAGGCCAACGAUGCUAUUGCCGUGCAGAUGGGCAGAUCCCGGAAUGGCGAUGACUCUAGCGACGGUGCCUCCCGGAGUGGUGCGCCCACUUCCAACGAGGACAGUGGCGAUACUGUCUGCCUCACUGUCCUCGAGAUUCCCGACCAAAACUUGGGCAAGGCUAUUGCCAUGCGGGGCAUCUUCGACGACACUCAGGGUAUCAACUCCGAAAUGAAGGCUGACGGCGUCGAGGUGGUUCCCAUUUCAAGCUCGGUUGUGCGGGAAAUGCAGAGUGCCGUAGCAGAGUGUGGUCCUGAUCUAGGUAUUAUGGUUGGCUCGGUUGGCCGGGAAAGACAACGCCUGAUUGAGAAGCGCGAGGAUAUCUUGGAAAAGAUUGCCUUCUCAUCAGAAGAUGAGGGUUUCCUAAGGAAGCUCUUGUUCCCGGUCCCCACCGAGGGUAUCAACCUCGGCCGCACUGGCCGUGUGGAUGUUGCGGAUCUUUUGAACCGCAGUCGCGCUUGGUAUCACCUCUGCAUCCACCCCACAGACGACUCACCAUCUAGCCUGGCUGCCCUUCCUGCUGUCAACUCAGCCUGGUCAGCUGGAGCUGUUUCUCGCCAGCUCCGCACCUGGAGGCUGUCCGAGUGGGCCAACAGACGUAAUAAGCACAUUGACUACACGGCCGAUUUUGAUCACCAUGAAUUUACUCAGCGGUAUCGGCCUCUGGGCUGUAUGGAUGGCCGUGACGGUAUCGAGAGCUGGGUCUUGGAGCGGGGCUGGAGCAACGGCGAGGUUGCUGUGGGCAACGAGAGAGUAUGGAUGAGGGAGAGCGCGUGGUGGGAAGCCGAAAGUAUGUUGGAUCUGAAGCCCAUGGAAGCUGAGAGGCUCAACAGCAUGCGUAACUUGAUGCCCCCAGGCACCAUGGGCUCGGGCUAUUCUCACAACGGAAGCGGCUUCUUCCCGCCUCAGCCAUAUGCUGACAAUAUGCGCUCUCCCUUUGCCGAUGGAACCUCCAACGGGAGCUACGAUCACCUCGCCCUUGGUGGUAAUCUUAGCCAAAACAACCUCAACCCGAGCCCAGUGCGUGCUGCUUCCAUCGCUCCUACCAACAUGACCGCCAUGCGCAACGGUGACUACGGUCUUGGUUCCAAGGGCGACCAAUACAAGGGACAGGUCUUCUACAACGCCGAAGGCCAGAUUGUUUCGGAAUUAGACGCUGACCUUGCCGAGGGCAAGAAGAUUGAGGAGCGGCCUAUUUCCUUCCAAAGGAAAAUCUGGGUCUUUACUGUUUGGGCUCUGACGUGGUGGAUUCCGUCCCCAUUACUCAAGUUCGUUGGUCGGAUGAAGCGACCUGAUGUGCGUAUGGCAUGGCGUGAGAAGUUUGUUCUCUGCUUCUUUAUCGUUCUCCUCAACGCCAUCGUCGUUUUCUGGAUUAUCUUCUUCGGUCGUAUUCUUUGCCCCAAUUUCGACAAAGCCUGGACUUCGCAAGAAAUUCUGAAUCAUCAGGGAGAGGAUGACUUCUGGGUCAGCAUCCACGGCAAGGUUUACGACAUCACCAAAUUCUGGAGAUUGCAGCACAGCGACAACAACAUUGACACCACGUCGGAUGUAAUGAUGCCGCUUGCUGGCCAAGACCUCUCCGAUUACUUUGUCCCGCCUCUCUACAUUUCCUGCCCUGGCCUCGGCAUCGCGGAUGAUAUCACGUUGCAAUUCAACACUACCCCUGAAUUCAUUGUGGCCCAGCACAUUUCCGGCCCUACGCAGCCUAAUAUUCGGAGCAAGCUCUCUGAAAGAUACUGGUAUACCCAGACGUUCUUGCCCGCCAUCAAGGAGUACUACCAUGGCGACGUGGUCUGGGAAGCUAAGAAGAUCAAGCAGGAAGGUGAAGACUGGAAUCACCAGUGGUUCAUCUACGAGGAUCUCAUCUACGACUUGACCGAUUACAUGUACACCGCCAAGCGUAUGAACAACGAUGCUAGAUGGGCAUUCCUCGACCCCCAGGUCUCCAACCUCGUCCAGAACAACCCCGGUCAGGACUUGACCGACCAGAUUAACAACCUGAUCGAUCGCGUCAGCAGCAACCAGACUCAGUAUGAGAGUGUUAUGAACAGUCUUAACUGUGUUAAGAACACGUGGUACAUCGGCAAGCCCGAUUUCCGUUAUUCGGCCAGGUGUCAAGUCAACAACUACAUCUUGCUUGCAUUUACCAUUGUUGUCUGCGCUAUCAUCGUGGUCAAGUUCGUGUCAGCUCUUCAAUUCGGAUCUAAGAGACGCCCCGCUCCCCAGGACAAGUUCGUCAUCUGCCAGGUGCCCGCUUAUACCGAAGGCGAAGACUCGCUGAGGAAAGCCCUGGACUCUUUGACAGCCCUCCAGUACGACAACAAGCGGAAGCUUAUCUUUGUCAUUUGCGACGGUGUCAUCGUCGGUGCUGGCAACGACCGUCCUACUCCCAAGAUCGUCCUCGAUAUUCUCGGUGUUGACCCCAAGGUUGACCCACCUGCUUUGUCCUUCAAGUCCGUCGGUACUGGAGCCGAACAGCUCAACUACGGCAAGGUCUACUCUGGAUUGUAUGAAUUCGAAGGAAACGUGGUACCUUAUAUCGUGGUUGUCAAGGUCGGCAAGGAGUCUGAGCAGUCCAAGACGAAGCCCGGUAACCGUGGUAAGCGUGACUCGCAGAUUCUGCUCAUGAGCUUCCUCAACCGCGUCCAUCACCGUGCUCCCAUGAACCCCUUGGAACUGGAAAUCUUCCACCAGAUCAACAACAUCAUUGGUGUGGACCCCGAGCUUUACGAAUACCUCCUCAUGGUCGAUGCCGAUACCAGCGUUCGGGAAGAUUCUCUCAACCGCCUGGUGGCUGCCUGCGCCAAUAACGCCAAGAUUGCCGGUAUUUGCGGUGAAACCAGCUUGCAGAAUGAGGAACGUUCGUGGUGGACUAUGAUCCAGGUUUACGAGUACUACAUUUCUCAUCACUUGGCGAAGGCUUUCGAGUCUCUUUUUGGCAGCGUUACCUGUUUGCCCGGUUGUUUCACCAUGUACCGCUUGCGUACUGUUGACAAGGGAAAGCCGCUCAUUAUCUCGGACGACAUUAUCCGCGAGUACAGCGAUUGCAUUGUUGACACGCUCCACAAGAAGAACCUGCUCUCGCUUGGUGAGGAUCGUUUCCUCACCACGCUCAUGACCAAACACUUCCCGUACAUGUCUUACAAGUUCAUUCCCGAUGCCUACUGCCAAACGGCCGCCCCCGAUACUUGGAGCGUUCUGCUGUCUCAGCGUCGUCGUUGGAUUAACUCGACCAUCCACAACUUGGCCGAAUUGAUGUGGCUCGAGGAAAUGUGUGGUUUCUGUUUCUUCUCGAUGCGCAUUGUCGUCUUCAUCGAUCUCUUCGGUACCAUCAUUCUUCCCGCCACUUGCGUCUACAUCGUUUAUCUCAUUUACACGGCCGCUUCCCACUCUGGACAGUUCCCUCUGCUUUCGAUCAUCAUGAUUGCGGCUGUGUACGGUCUCCAGGCGCUUAUCUUCAUCCUCAAGCGUCAAUGGCAGCACGUGGGCUGGAUGAUCAUCUACAUCCUGGCCUUCCCCAUCUACUCCUUCAUUCUGCCCAUCUACUCUUUCUGGCAUCAGGAUGAUUUCGCCUGGGGUAAUACCCGCGUUGUCAUUGGUGAAACCGGUAAGAAGCAAGUUGUUGCUGUCGACGAGGAGGGCUUUGACCCCCGUGCCAUUCCUCUCCAGCGCUGGGACGACUACGCCCUGGCCAACAACCUCCCCGGUCGUCGCGGUGGCCCUCUUGAGAAGGGUAUGGAUGAGCACCUGGGCGGUAUGUACGAGGAGACGUAUGAGGUCGAUGACAUGAAGUCCGUCUACUCUUCGGUCCGCCAGCCGUCCGUUCUUACUGGGUUCGGCGGUCGCGGUGCCGGAGCUUACAUGCCCCCUCACAGCCCUGGCCUCGGUCCCAACGGCGGCGGUAGCGGCGCCAUGACCCGUGCCAGCACCUUCGUCGGCGCCUCCCCCUUCACCGAGCAGAACCGCCAGAGCAUGGCCUCGAUGGGCGGCACCAUGGUCGAGAUGCAGCGCCGCGCCAGCCCGUACCAGGACUACCCUGGCGGUCAUAGCCGCGGCCCCAGCCAGAACGCUAUGCGCUCCAUGACCAACACCCCUCCCGCUCUCGGCCCCGGCGGCAUGGUCAACCCCCGUCUGUCCACGGCCACGGGCAUGAGCCUCGGUAUUCCCGGACACCGUCCCGGCAUGAGCCACUCGGAAAGUUUGGGGUCGAUUGACUUCCAGCGCAGCACUCCUGGCCCCGACGACCACAUGAUCAUCGAGGCCAUCCAGGGCGUGCUUCGCGAGGUUGAUUUGGAUACGGUGACGAAGAAGCAGGUGCGGGCGCUGGUGGAGCAGCGGUUGCAGACGGAGUUGGUGGGUGAGAGGAGGACGUUUAUGGACAGGCAGAUUGAUAAUGAGUUGGCGAACAUGUGAAACAUCUGAUCUGAUUCAUGUCAUAACAUGUAAUGGAUGGGAUUAUCUGAUUGGGUAUUGACUAACUGAUUGGAUGGAUUGGACGGAUGUCUUUUUGAUUUGGUCGAACGUUUUGUUGGUUGUUGGUGGUUGAGGCAAAAAACUAUUAAUGGACAUAGUAGCAUAGACACUAUCUUUUUUGGAUAUUUCGUUUUUGGCUUUUGAGUUUUUGUUUUUGGAUAGUUAUAGCAUAUCAUAGCAAUGUAUUUUUGCACUAC